UGGUUCCACAGGAAGAACAGCAUGUUGUUCCUCUGGAUAAGCACAUUUUCGGCAUGGAAGAGACGCUGGAGCGGGUUGUAUCAGACUUGCUGAGGUCCCCUGCAAGCAGCAAGUGGGUUGGAGUCCAUGGAGCAGGAGGUGCUGGAAAAACACUCCUGGCCAAACGAGUAUGUGACAACGAUCAAGUCAAGGGGUGUUUUGAUCCAGUUUUGUGGCUAACAUUCGGUCAGUCGGUUCAGGUGGAAGCAAAGCAACACGAACUUGCCAAAAGAAUCGGACUAGAAGGUGAUCAGAUCAGCAAUGAAACACUGGGGAGGGGGCUUGUUGGGAAGAGAUGCUUGCUGGUGUUGGAUGAUGUCUGGAAGUCCAUCCAUUUGGAUCUCUUGGAUGUGGUGCAAGAGAAUGGAAGCAAGAUCUUCAUUACCACUCGAAAACGUGAUGUGCUUGACAGUAGAGGUGCAAUCAAAACCGAAAUGGGGCUCUUGGGAAAGGAGGACAGCAUGAAGUUGUUCGCAGUCCACGCAUUCCCAAACCAAAAUCAUGCUCAAGUCAGCAAGGCAGUGGUGGAGCAAGUUGUGGAAAAGUGUGGGGGGCUUCCACUGGUCUUGAAGGUAAUUGGCAGAAGAAUGGCAGCCACACAAGAUUGGGACUAUGUUCUGAGCAAACUCAAGGAUCAGCAACUUCUUGCUCUUGAUGAGGAACAACAGGUACUGCACCGACUCAAGCUGGGUUAUGAUGCAUUGUUGCCUCUUCGCAUCCAGCAGCACUUUCUCUUCUUUGCAGCGUUUCCAGAAGACUGCGAGAUUGUAUUUUGGGAGCUGUACAGGUGUUGGAAAGGGGAAGGGCUGGUUGCCAACAUAGCAGAGGCCAAGAAUGUUUUAGAAAGGCUCAAGAAUCACGCACUUAUCACUGAAGAAGAAAAAGACGGGCGAGGGGAGAAUAAGAGGUACAGGAUUCACGAUGCGUUGCUGGCUCUUGCUUUGCACAUCCUGGAACAAGAAGGCCCAAAGUGUUAUUUCAAGGCUGGGCAGUCGCAGAUGAGGGACGUGGGGGACGCUUCACCAGUAACUACAGCAGGAUUUCACUGUUUGCGUCUAAAAUUUCGGAAAUCCCUCUACCUAAGAGGAAUAGGGUCAGAGUUUCCAGCACCACUUGCCUGCUCCUGGAUUAUAGUUACGGUCUCACUGCAUUGCCAAGCCUCUCUGUUUUCAAAGGCUUGAAGGUUUUGUGCCUGAGUCACACUAGGGUGGUAAGUUUGCCACAUAGCAUUGGACAGCUCAAGAAUCUAGAGACUCUGGAUUUGUCUUGGGAUAGGUGACUC